CAAAAUGAUUUAUAUUCUCUAGGUAACAUUGACUCUCGAGCACAUGCCGAAGCCGCGAACCGAGGAUGUUUUCAAAUGCAGGCUUGUGGAUGCAAACGAUGUAAUCAUUGCCUCAGAUAUACAUGCAGAGAGAAAUGACAGUGAGUUUACGUGUGCCAUGCCUUUUAUAUCAGAACAUGUCGAGUUAAAAAUUGAGCUUCAUGUGCAGACGACUUCAAAUGAGAAUAUUCUUCUUUCCGAAGCAACCAUUUUAUUUUUCGAGUGUGUAAAAUUUAAGAGAUGCACAGACUGUAUCAAUAGAUCGGAUAGUCAUUGUAAUUGGUGUAAUAACGCUGUAAUGUGUCAGACACGACAGUCAACGUGUAAAAGUGGUUUGGUAAAUUCGAAAGAGUUUUGCCCGCAGUUGACAGAUUCACGAGGGGUUCAUUAUGUACAUGCUGGAAUUUUGACCUCUGUGCUCUUUCACGGAAGACACCUCCAACCGCCGGGCUCUGGCAACAAGUACUAUUACACAUGUACGAUGUCUGACUUGGCGUCCUCCAAAGCUAUGAUCGUGAACAACUCCUCCAUCACCUGUAGCGUCAUUGUGCCCCAGUUGUCGGAUAAACAACUUCAGAACGAAACAAUUAAAGUUUAUUACAGUUUUAAUCAAACGAGAACUUCCGUGCUGGAGGAUGAGUAUGAAAAUUACGUCACAGUUUACAAUUGUACAAUGUUGGCCAGGGACUGUAGUCAUUGUCUAGCACUAAACAAAUCACGAUUUGACUGUGCUUGGUGUACAGAAACCAACCGGUGCGAGCAUAGAGAUUUAACUUGCUCCACGACAACAUGCCCGGCACCUACUAUAACAGAUGUGGUUCCAAGAGAUGGUCCAGUGACAGGAAAUACUACCAUAACAAUUAAUGGAUAUGAUUUGGGCUCCGACCUCUCGGAUAUCAACAUUGUUAAAGUCGCGGAAAUCCCGUGCAUUAUAACCGAUGAUAUAUCACAAUUAAAUGUCACCGACUACGGAAACUUCGAAACAAGAGCUCCAAAUCGAAUUAUUUGUAUGACAGGAUCUUCCCUGAACGAAACAUCGGGGACAGUCAACAUUUCAGUAAAUGGACACGUUUCCAACUCGGAUGUUAUAUUUUCUUACCAAGUUCCAAUUGUGACGGACAUUGUUCCACAUUACGGACCGGAAGCGGGUGGAACGCGCAUGACAAUUUACGGCGAGAAUCUAGGGAUUGGAAAUAGAAACGUACGAGUUUAUCUUGAAAACAAACCUUGUUUAAGGCCUGAAAUGAGUCCCAAACUGCCUUUAGGAAAUGUAUCUCCAACCAACUUUACGAUAAUUUGCACGGUUGAUAAUGGUUACACUAGUAAUAUCACCAUGGUAACUAUAACCAUUGAUGACGUCAUCGUUGUGGCUAAAGAACCAGUGUCGUUCACAUUCGUCGGUGAUCCAAAGCUUAACCCAUUAUCGCCUAAGAAGGCUUUCUUUAGUGGAGGAACCAAAAUCACAAUCGAGGGGAAACAGUUGGACAACGCUCAUAAUGCCAGAAUAGAGUUAAAUUACGGACAGGACUUGGAGAUUGGUGACUGCACGAUACUGUCGGAACGUCUGACAACUUGCAAAGUCCCGAGAGCGCCUGAAUUCUUACAGGACCAGUUAUUGAAAUCUGAGAAUACAACUGUCAAGUUCUCAAAAUUUGUCAGAGUUGUGUGUGUGGUUUAUUUUGAUAAUGUUCACGAAAACUUCGAAAUAUCUUACUAUCUUGAUCCAACAAUAAACGACUUAACCGGAAGUGGCCGUGUCGUAGAAUUUGAAGCAGACGACAGGCGCCUGGAAAUCAGUGGUAAAAUGCUGAAUAACGUAGCAACACUUUUUGAUAUCCAGUAACGGUCGGUGUUGAAUCAUGUGUCAUAGUGGAACUGACCUCGUCAUACAUAACGUGCAUUGCUCCGAAAUACGAACCAAAGAGCGGAAUGCCAAAUGCCGGACGCCCCGAGGUCAACGUGACCAUUGGAAACAUAAAACGGAUGAUUGGCUAUGUCGACUACAAAACAAAGUCGGGUUGGAUAAGCAGUCCUUUGGUGAUGCUGUCGGCGGCGGGAGCGGGUGCUGUGCUCAUUUUGGUCAUUUCAAUGGCUUCUAUUUUGAUAUGUCGAAAAUAUAGACAAAUGAAGUUCAGGUUAAGAACUCUUGUGAAUCAGGACAACGUGAAAGAAGAAGACGCUGGUGUCAUACGAUUUAGCAGGCUUGCGGGUAAGUCGGACGAGGUGGGUUACUCUGACCUGUACAGUGACAUAAGUGAUCGCUAUGACUCUGCCCUCUAUAACACAAUCACUGCAGACGACUUCUCAAGAGAAAGAACCGGAACCGGAACCAGAAACAAUUCACAGCAUUGUCCUUGUGAGCGCAUACCGGAAGUGGACACUUUGACAAGACAAGUAUCCCAGAAUACUUUGCGACCUAAAAACAAGAUUACAUUAGAAAUUCAGCUAGAAGGUACAACAGCGACGAGUGUUGAGCUAAUACCAAAGGGCGGAGACGAUCAGUCAUACCUACAUGCUAUUACCAACAGUUAUCUUUCCUGCUAACUUUAGAAAAAUAAAAGCAUGUGGACAAUAGAGCUAGAAAUAUUUGGACAGUAUGUCAUUGACAAAGACUUGUUUGUUUUCACACUUCCUUAUUUAGAACAAUCUGUUCAGACUAGAUUCAUUUCCUUCGCUGACAAAUAUGUAAAUUACUCAUACAUUAUAAAGUACAUCAUGUUUAUACUCAUGUAUAUAUGACUAAACAAUCUUUAUAUACAGUCAUUGUCGUUAAAUACAUUUAUAACCAUGUUCAUGUGUCAAAUCAGAACAUUGUUUUUUGUGUCUUUGUUUGUUUUUAAAUACAUUGUACAUGUAGCGUCCAUUGUCUAAAGUUUAACGUUUGUACUGAUUGCACAUUUUGUAUAGUCUUAGUGGGCUACCUAGUAGGUCAUCAAACUUGUCUAAUUUUUCAUUGCGGCAUUUGCAUUUUUACUUUUGCUUAUUUAGUUGUUACGUCGUCACAUUACUUUUCUUUUGCAGCUUUUGAACAAUCGGCGCAUCAUUUGUAAAGUAGCGCUUUGCUUUUGGAAAUGUGCAGAUAUGUUGAUUACAUCCAUUAAUUAUGAAAAAAGAAGAAAAAAAGAAGUAAAAAAAAUGCAUUGUUAAAUA